GGGACUGCUAACCAGUCUAAAUAAACUCAGGCACCGAUUGUUUUGGUGAAGUAUAGCGCGCUUUUCGUGUCUAAAAACAGGCAAAUCCGAUGCCAAUUGCUUGAUGUUCAACAACCAAUAACUCGAGUAACCCCGUGAGACACAUCAUGCCCGCCCCAGAGGUACAGGUCGAUCAUGUGGAUGAGUGGUUGGAGGAAAACAAGAAGUGGUUUCUCCCCCCUGUGUGCAACAAAAUGAUGCAUAAUGCAGGCCAGAUGAAGUCAUUCUUUGUCGGGGGACCAAACCAACGUAAGGAUUACCAUAUUGAAGAAGGGGAGGAGUUUUUCUACAUGGAGAAGGGAGACAUGUGCCUAAAGAUUGUAGAAAAAGGAAAACACAAAGACAUUCACAUCAAGGAAGGAGAGUGUUUCCUGUUGCCGGCCCGCAUUCCACACUCCCCUCAGAGGCAAGAAAACACCAUUGGUCUGGUGCUGGAACGAGAACGCAGCGAAGACGAAAAGGACGGCCUGAGGUAUUACAUUGACGGCACCACGGAGUCCCUGUUUGAAGUCUGGUUUCAGUGUGUGGACCUUGGCACUCAGCUUGGCCCAAUUAUCAAGGAGUUCUUUGCCUCAGAGCAGUACAAAACAGGAAAACCUAUCCCAGGAACCAUCCCUGAAAACCCGCCAGUGAUCAUAGACACUGAGACAGAGGUGGAAGCACCGUUCAGUCUCCUUAGUUGGAUGGACAAACACCAGGAAGAGAUCCAGGAGAAAGGCUUCAAGAAGCUCUUUGGAGACAAGUAUCAGUUUGAGGUUGCUGUGUAUGGCCCUGGGGAUCAUGUCGGAGGCAGUGAAGCGGCUGAGACCUGGACCUGGCAAUUGAAAGGGACGUCUGAGAUCACUGUUGGAGAAGAGAAGGUCAAAAAGAUUGAGCUGACUGAGCGACAGUGCAUGCUGAUUCCCCAGGACACCAAGUACACUGCCAAGCAAGGAAAGGACUCCCUGCGUCUGUCGUGCUUCCAAGACCCACGGAAGAAGACACCAGCCAAAAAAGACUGAAGAAUCGGUCAUCUUUUCAAUGAACAUUGCUGCAUCUAAAAAUGACUCAACCCUACCAGUAGUUAAGUAGUCAAAGCUAGAAUUUGCAAGUCACUUGAUAUGAGAAGUCUGCUUUUAAAAAAGUUGUUUUUUUUUAUUGUCAGAUGAAUGACAAGGGGAAACUGAUAAGGUGCUCUGUUAAAUUUUUAGCAACCAAAGCAGCCAGAAAUGUCCAUAUUACCAAAAUGUCCGGCACGGCCAUUGACGGCCGGCAUUUCGUUUCAACUAAUUUUGACAACACUUGAAAAUGGUGAAGGUUUUUAAAAUCUGAUCAAUGAGUUGAGGUGUAGAGCUUAAAAAGAGAAAAGAUACCAGGUUAUUGUUGUUUCUGAAUUAUAUUUUUUUAGUUUAAAAAAGGCAUAUAAUUUGCCUUAUUUUUUAAAAUGAUCUGGUUGUACAGCAUCUUAUAUUCAGAAAGAAUGUCACUGUAUGGUCAAUCAACUGGAAAAAAAGCAAAAAGAAAGGAGCAAAAAAGAAAGGUUAAAAAAAAUUUCACUGAGAACAGAGUAGCAGAUUGGUUGUAUUGUUCUGAAUAGGAAAAACAAGUUACUACUGCAUCUAGACUGAAAUAAAGAUUUGCAUACUUUUGUUUCUUAUUUUUUUGUUUUAAAGAAUUUGCUUUUGGAGCUUGACAUUUUAAGUUACGUUUUUCGAUUUUCAGCUGAAUUAUAUAAUACUGAAAUGCGUUUGCUUUGCUAAAAUAUUGCUUGUUAUUAAAAGUCAAAGCUUUUAAAAA